UGAAGUAGGUACUUAGAUAUAAUAUUAUUUUUAUCUGAACUUAGGUCAUCUUAAAAGUCAGUUAAAAGUAAUACAUGGUACAGAAGUGUUCUAAUUUACGCAAAGAUUCUAGUGAACAGCGUGAUUUUUAAUAAUUAAAAAAAUAAUUUGAUUCCUACUUCUAAUAAUCUAUACUUGCUUGCUAUUUUCUCCCCCCUGUUUACCCUUUUCUGUGUUACUAACUGACUAAAUAUGAGUGUGAUACAAAAUAUAGUAUUUCUUCCUGAAAUCUUCUAAAUAAUGAUGAAAGUAAUUAAAAAGUUUAGAGCAGUUUAAGGGAAUACAUUUUGCUUUAUACUGUUUUGAUAGAGAAGUAACCGCUAGGUAGUUUGUACGUGCAGAAAGUGACUUUUAGCCUACCUGAAAUGAGUUUAAGGGUGGAAAAUUGUUGUUUUUGUUUGCCUUUAAGGAACGGACUAUUACUAUGGGGCUAUUUUUGCCUGGUAACCAUUUAUUUGAGCGCCCUGUCCACGCUAUACCGGCUACAGGACUUUUUCUACGACGCGUCGUCGUUUCGAGGGAACGAGUUUUUCUUUUUAUUCAUCAGUCUCGUCCUCUUACUACUGUAUUUUAUUUUCCAUAUUGUGUUAGUGGCGGGACUACAUAAGAAAAGCAAAUGCAUGUUAGAAGUGUACGACGGCUCCCUUAUAAUAUCGAUGGUAUUGGAAAGCAUUGUGGCAGGUCUAUAUAUACCAUUGGCAAUGCUUAGAUCAUUGGAAUAUGAUAUACAACAUGAUGAUAAUUCUUCGAUAUUUCUGUUCGGGAUUGCUGUUUUAGUAGUUUUAGAAAUACUAUUCAAAUACUACAUACUGGUAUGCGUCCGAAGCUUAAUCUCUACCCUGGCUGUUAAUGAAGAGGACUUUCAUUCGGAAUAUAGUUUAGAAAAUCCUGAUGUAAUCGUUUAUGAUAAUAUAAAAAAGAGGAAAAAAGACAUCAAUUUACAGAUUGCAGGAAACUUCAAUGUACAUGACGUGACCGUACAUGAUGGUGUCAAUACCAGUAGCAGAAACAACAGUUCUCAGACAGCAGGAAACUCUGCAGCAGGAAAUAAUACAAUCACGGAGAAAGAGGAAAAUCCACAGACCCUACAAAACUCUGAUGUGACCGUACAUGAUAGUAUAAACACCAGUAUCAAUGACAACAGUGCACAGACAGCAGGAAGCUCUGACGUACAUGAUAAUACAAACAAGGAGAAAGAGGAAAAUCCACAGUCCAUACAAAACUCUGACGUAACUGUACAUGAUGGUAUAAACACUAGUAUCAAAAACGACAAUUCACAGGCAGCAGGAAACUCUGACGUCAUCGUGAAUGAUAAGGAACAAAACAGGAAUAAUGACGAAGAUAAGGAGAUGGUCACGGCUAAUCAAUACCAUAUUAUUGCAUCGCCUGGAACAUCAUAAAAUGACUUUUCUAGCGCAAUGGUGUCUUCUGCAUUUUGGUCGUUUUCUGGUGCCUCAGGGUACAUUGUAAGGGAGGCCCCGAGUUCAAUUCUUGGAUGGGUAAAUUUAGAAAUUUAUAAUUUCCAAAUCAGCCUUGGUCUGGUUUUAUCUGCGAACCCUUGUGCCUUUGCCGCCAAGCGAUUUAACCUAAAAUAUAGUCUGCGUUAUCACUAAUUAUUAUCAUAAUGUCAGAUCGCAGUCAAGUAUCAAGUCAAGAUGUAUAUUAUAUUAUCAGCAUCAGUAAAUUAUUAAUGAUCACGAUCUCUU